GUUCGCUACUAUUGUUGUUGUUGUUAAGUGCCACCCCACGAGUUAGUCGACGCAAAGCCCACCCCGUACGUAUCCGAGUACCGAACAGGUGAGCGCGGUGCGGUCAAUGUGAACAAGAGAGUAGUGUGAGGAGCCCAGGAGCUGUCCGUCCAUCGAGACAUCGCGUAGCAAACCCGUCGUAGUGUGUGCGUGCGUGCGUUUUCUGUAUGUGUGUCUCCGUCUAGCGCGAUCGCGAUCGCGGUGUGUCCCUUGCUAGCUGACACCCCUGCUGUUACUCUUGAAGUGUCUCUCUAGCGAGCCAGUUGCCUUUCCGUCUACCAGAACCGACAGGCAGCCUCCUUCGGAAGGAGAAGAAACGGAAAUUGAUAUUUUUUAGCUUGUAGUGUAUUUAUUUAUUAUACGCACCCCUCGCCCUUUCCCGCAUUCCGCAUUCGGCCGCCAAUCACGGACUAGUUUGUAGCCCGCCAAACCAAAAAGGGAACGUCACCGCCAUCACCCGCACUCACCCGCGCACACACACACACGCAGAGAAGCAAAGACAUGAAGAACCUACUGAUAGUGACAGCCGUGAUAUGCAGCGCCCUGCUGACGACGGUGACGGUACUGGCUGUGCCCGUGCCGGAAGCCAACCCCAACCCCGCACCGGAACCAAAGACCGACAUAGAACUGAUGAAAAUUCCACUGGACGGCGAUAAGGAACUGGACGUCAUCACGCUGGUCGACUCGGGAGAUCAGAAAAUCAACGAGCGAAACAAGCGAACGAUCGGUAUACUUCGGGAACUGUUCCCAACCCUUUCGCAGAUCACUAGCAAUGCGGACGGCCAGAACACCCUAGAAUCGUUGGAUCUUGCUGGACUGAGUGACACCCUGAACGCGAUCCGAGUAGCCCGAGCGACCGCCGAAGAGACCCAAUCGGUUGCCGACAGCGACGACCAGAAGGGCGCCGAAUCUUCGGCCAAGAGCUCCGCCCUCGAUGAGCUCUCACUGGACUCCGAAGGCAACGAUGAGGAUCGUAACAAGAGGUUCCUUUCCUUUGGUGGUUCCUCGGGUGGAGCCGGAGGCUCCGGCAACUUCCUGUUCGACAUCAUUCGCCAAACAGCCGACCGGGCCGCACGCGCUGCUGGAACCGUGUACCGGGUCGUCGCCGGCACGGAGUCACUGACGACCGACCACGAUAAGAACGCUCAAGACGAAGGACGACUUUCCGCCUCUAGCUCUUCCUACACCACCACCUCUAGCUCUUCUAGCAAGUCUGCGCUCAUCUCGGGUAGCUCCGGAACCGAACAGAGCGACGAGAAGGCCAACUCGCCGGACGACGACCAUGACCUCGGCAAAGGUGACGGUUACACCGAAGGCAUCCCCGGACCGGUGACCCGCCUGUUUGUGCUCGCCAACCGUGGCCUCUCCAAUCUGAUACAAGAUCUGAUUUUGCGAAUCGCCCAAACCAGUGAACGGGUAGUCAACUUCAAAGCACGCCUGAUUACGUCACUCAUCUAAGGCAGAGAUCCUCGCUCGCUCACACACUCACUCACACACACACACGCGAUCACAACACCUCCCCCACCCCCACAUACUUCUCCAUCAUUUCGCGUAAAAUCGUAUCAUCACGCCCAGUUCACGCCCCCAGAAAAAACGCACUAGCUGAAAUUUUACUCUUAGUUUUUCUCGCUCGAUCAAAAAAGAAAAAAACGAAACCAGUCAAAUCCUCACUAGUUUAAACAACGAAACAAAACAAAAAAGUUCUAUGUGUUUGUGUGUUUGAAACGGUUCGGGUCCGACAAGCUCGAGCCGAGCCACCUUUUUUUAAUAGGGGAGGUUGGAUUUCAAAGCAAUAAAAACAGACGAGGGUGUGCGUACUAGUUCAACAGAAUACUACCUAUUAUGCCUAUUAACGCGAAUAUCGGAUAACUAUUCAAAAAAAAAGAUAGUGGAAUGAAACAACAAAUUGUAUAAGGCUGGAAAAAGGAAAUCUGUGUUUGUAAUUGUAAUAUAUUUUUUUAUUGUAUGUUAUUCUGUGCUUCCACUUCUACUCUUUCAAUGCCUUGCUUUGUUUUUAAUUUCCAAUCAAAAGCUCCAAAAUAUUUCCUGGAUGCGGGUUCUCUACCUUCACUCGCGUCACGUGACUGAAAGUUCUAUCCUGUUAAUCUAAAUUAAUUUUUCCUGCAAUUAAAUAACCUAAAUCAGUGACCUGCCUCUUGGAGCGUUUUGAGAGACUUUUUCCAACCUUCCACCCCGCGCUGUUCUGUAACUGUAAACAUAUUUGCUCAAAACGAUGGUUGUGUAAAUACUAUAAAUCCUAUCGCAAACUUCCCAUCUAGCUUUUUAGACUAAUCCACUCUCUCUCUCUGAUGCAUCUCUGCAAUAAGUAGCCAAAUUUUCAAACGUCACAGGACCGUCGGCCGUGUGACGCUUUUUCGUCUGCUUUUUUCCCCCUAUCCACUGAAACAAGUGUAAAUACUUUACCUCUUCAUUUCAUGUUUUGUAACCUUUCCACUCCCUAGAAAUGUUAUCGUUACUAUUUUUUCCCCGUAUUAUAUUAGCAUAGGACAAGUGAAACUUUUACCUACGGAACAACUACUAUGGGAACAGGAGAGGAGAGUUAGGGUGCAGGAGAGAAUAGGAGCUGCAGUUAAAUUUUCUAUCUAAUUUACUGGUUAAAAAAUUUCAAUCCAAAACUAGCGACAGAAGAAAAAAAAACUCAUUUUGAUAACGCUCUACACUGUUAAAAGCGGCUAUUGUAAAUAGAUUUAACUUAUUAGUUGUGUUUUCUCUCGCUGUUAACUUCAACCUUCAACUUAUUUUUUUUUUUGUGACGAACGAUUUUUUCUUUUGACAAACAAAUCAACGGAGAGAAAAACAACUUUAAAAAAACGAGGAUAAAUCUUACUGCAGACUACUACUGCUAGGAUAUAAAUUUAGAAGAAAAAAGAAAAAAACGUACGAGACUAUCAUUUCAUAGGAUGGUGGCAAACAAAUUGUUAACAAAACUGUAGGAUUAAUUGAAGUGAUUUUUUUUGCAUUGGUUUCGGCGAACGAUCCUGGACAAACAAAGAAGAAGACCUACUUAUUUAGGGAUCGAAACAUCCUUCCGAACAAAACAAAACACUACUCUACUCUAAAAUACACUUAAGCAAAACUGCAAAUAAAAAAAAACAAAAUGGAAAAAGUUAAGGGUAUCAGAUUAUCUCAAUAUUGGCUGGAUCACCGGAUAGAAAACAGAGAAAUGGUGACUGGCUGUUGAUUUAGACAAACGAUGUAAGACAAGAA